AGCAUCCUGGCCCAUCCCCACGCCAAACGGAGUGACCAGAUUAAAGUCCUGUCCAUCUUGGGUGAUGUGAUGGUGGCUGAGAGUGAUGUCUCUGUGGCUGAGGGAGAGAAGGCUGUCUCUACUGCGCUGUUGCGUGCCUUUGCUGACACCUCCAGUGUGUGGUGUACACGUUCCGCACAGUUACUCCAGGAGAGUGUUACGCUGGACGAUAACCAGAAGGUGUGUGUGAGUAAGUGA